UCUAUCUUAUGAAGAGUGUCAUAAUUUAACAAAGUGUUAGAGUCUUUAUUUUUAAUUUCAAGAUAUUUUUAUGUCCGUUUUUCUUUUUGUUUUACUUUUAUAAUCGGUGUUUCCUCCUUGUCUGUUAGAGGUUACCUCUGCUAACAAACUGAGGAAAUGUUUGGUUUGAUGUUUAACUUUUAUUUUUAACUUCAGGCAACAGAACGGCUACAUUUAUGAUCAUUAUUUUUUUAAGAGCUAAAAUUGAUAAUAAAUGCUAAAGUGCCAAAUUAAGCAAUAGCAAAUUAAAGUAAUACACAUUUGGAAAUGUUCACAAUGUUGCUUUAAGAUUUAAGUGUUUUUCUUUUCCAUUUCAACGAGUUGGCUCAAUCAAUCCGCCUACUUGACACUCGGAUCUACAAAUACAUACAGAUUCACAGUCAGGUAGUCCAAAGGUAGAAAUGUGAAGUCCAUGGGUUUUAAUUUGAGUGAUCUCCCAUCAAGAAUCUGACUAUUGACGAUCAGGCACUUGAAAGAAGACGGCUAUGAAAGGUUUGUUUCUCAGCUCUGCCAGUAUGGAUUUGGUUCAGUGCAGAAAGGCACAACUCAGCUUAACGUGUAUUUAAGUCAGGGGAAAAAAUGCUGAGCAUCGGCACACUGAAGUAAAGAUCCUAACAUCUUAUUGAACUGAGAAAAGGCAACAUUUGACUCUAAUAUGUUCCAUUUGGACAAAUGGCCAAAAUGAUUCAAGAAAAAACAGUAAUUGGGCACAAAUAUGAUUACAUUCGGCUGAUGUUAUACCCAGUGACUGAAUAGAAAACAUGCAAUAAUACAAGACCCCAGGUCCUCCUACAAUACCAGAAACAUUGAUAGAAAUGUUGCUGCACCUGUUUUUGCUGCACCUGCAGAAAACAGCACACCAGACAGUGUCCACGGGGCACAGAGUUCACUGUCAGGCUUUUAUUCUGUAGUUAGUCUUACAAACUGUGUAUUUUCUGGCUGAUUGCAGCAUUGAUCGACUCAAUCUCAGUCAUUUACUGUUGAUUUACUGUUCCCGUUCAGGUGCUAAGUAGUCCAUUUGUGUUUUGUCAUUAUUUAUUGACAAAUGUGUUUGCAAAAAUUGCAAAAUUGAAGGAAGUGGCAUCUGAAGUUUUACAUUUUUUGGUCAUGAAAUGUUUGUCAUGAAGUAAACUUGUAUAUCGGCAGCUAAAGUCGUAUUUUAUGUUUUAUGCAUUGUUAUUAUUAAGUCAAUAAUUAACCUGGGGAUGGGGACUCCAUAGGGCUGCUAGAUAAGUCUGAACCCAGUCGAACUGGCCACAACCAGUGGAUAUAGACAACCAGCAACGACAAACUGCAAUUAGAGUUUUUUUUAAAGGGUCAUGAACCAAAACGGUUGGGAACUUGUGGUCCAUCUAACAAAAUGGAUGCUCCCUGUUCUUUUAUUCUUUAAAUGACAAGUUUUGAUUGGAAUGUUUCUUGCUGUUUUGUCACAGAAGAUGCAGGUGUCCCACAGACCUGUGCGGUGGCUCACUGCCAUGCUUCUUGUCAUCUUUACAACUGGCCAGUGUCAACAGGACGAGAGUCGCCGAGCUGUGACCGAACACCAGCUGAUGCAUGAUCGUGGCCGAAACAUCCAGAGUCUCAAGAGACUCAUCUGGCUGUCCAGUGCCAUCGAGGGGCUCCACACCGCCCAGAGUCGCUCUGCUGCUUUCAACCCUACAAAGGUCCUGGAUCUGGCUCUGAAUCCAGAGCUGGUCCCUGCUGCUGGGAGUCCCCUGCCCACCAGGGUGCAGAGCCACCUGAGAGACUCUUUCAGCCCUUACCUGACUCAAAUGCCAGACAGAGAGUCCUAACAUCACAAUGAUGCAAUGAAGCAUGAAGCUACUCUACACAGACAUUUGAAAAUUGUAUAAAUGUAGCUACAGAGUAAAAAGUAGAGUACAAUUUUAGUUUGGAUCAUUUAUUUGAGUUUCAGAUGCCUGAAGUUGGUUGGACUGGCCAUAGAAACAAUUUUUUUUGUUUGUUUUAACAACAACAACAAAAACGUUUUUUAGCUUGAGGUCAGUUCACAAUUUUAAUAAACUUUC